GCCAUGGCGGGCGCCCACUACCCGCUGCACUGCCUUCAUUCCGCGGCGGCGGCGGCGGCGGCGGCGGCGGCGGCCGCGGGCUCCCACCACCACCAUCACCACCAUCACCACCAUCAACACCACGGCGCGCCCUACUCCUCGGGAGCUGGCGGCGGCGGCGGGGGCGGGGGGGGCGGCGGAGGCGCCUACAGCCACCGCUCGCUGGCCGCCGCCUACCCCUACAUGAGCCACUCGCAACACAGCCCCUACCUCCAGGCCUACCACAACAGCGGCUCGGCCGGCCCGACGCGGCCCGACGACCCAGAUCAGCAGAAAACCACGGUCAUUGAAAACGGGGAGAUCCGGUUCAACGGCAAAGGGAAGAAAAUUCGGAAGCCUCGGACCAUUUACUCGAGUCUGCAGCUGCAGGCUCUGAACCAUCGCUUCCAGCAGACCCAGUACCUGGCGCUGCCCGAGCGAGCGGAGCUCGCAGCUUCCCUGGGCCUGACUCAAACCCAGGUAAUUCUGCCCCAGGAAGUCCUCCUUGCCGGCCUGCCGGCGGCCUUCCAGUUGAACACGGGUUGGGGAGGGGGUGUGGCUGGGGCCGGUGAAUACUGCCCCGCCGCUGAGCCUCGCGGCUGGGGGUGCAGGGGAAGAUUUACAGGGUGUGGACAAACCGAAGAGCGUUGGAGGGAGAGCCUGGGCUGGCCUGGCCUGGCCUGCUGUGCACCCUCCCACCCCACCCCCUACCAGCGUCCGGGCCCUACCCGCCGCCCCCCACCUCCUACCCCGUGCAGCGAGAUUUGA